UCUGGCGAUAACGAAAAUUACGUUCCUUGCCUUGGCCUAAGACUAUUUCGGGUGCACUGAUACUUUACUGCUGUAUCGUUCGACUCUUCGGGCCGAUGUUCAUAUGCGCGGCUCCUACCUGCAGAAAAGCUUCCUUACUAUUUCAAGUUGCACGUUCUGUUACAGCCGGCAUGACCAACGCGUGUUUCAUCAUCAGCGCCCAUGUGGUAUACCGUGAUACUAGGAGACGCGAAGCAGUGGAAGAAGCACAGAUCUCGUCACUUCGCUCUCCAUGGAUCAUUGUUGACCCUGCGUAUGAUCGAUUAACUGCCGUAUAUCUACCGUGCUAGGCGGCCCCUGAUGCUGUGAUGUCGAACUUGGGUAGAU